AUGUGGUAAAUAAAAAUGAAUAAAGAAGGGUUAGGAGAUAGUGAGUUUGAAAUAACAGAAUAUAAAUUAAGUUACAUAUUUAUAUCAAUUUAAAGGAAUAUUAGUAUUAUAAUGAAAUAGUGUAGAAAUAAUAUUAGAUUUCUAUGCAAACUUAAUAUUAUUUUAAUAAUUAGAAAAACGACUUAUAUAAUGAAAGUCAUUAUUGCCUUGUUCUUAAUAUCGUUAGUGUUAGCAGAACCAAAUCUAGUGGGAUAAGAAUCAUAAGCUAAAAUUCAUACAUUUUUAGGAAAAGAAAACUGCAAUGAUUGUGAAGUGAAAGGAGGUUCAUAUUGUGAAAUAAAAACAAAUACUUAUGUAUGUUGCAGAAGUGAUGAUCAAUGUUAAAAAGGAGUAGGAUGCUUAUAAGCAUUUACUGGCAUCAUAUGUUGA